CAGAGAUCCUGUCCUUUUAUUUGAGGAACUCUUUUAGAUGACACAAAAUGAUUUGAUCAUUCAGGACGAGACUGCUAGAGGAGCUCUGGACGACGGCUAGAGACCAACAGAGUCCUUACGGGUGGUGUUCAGGGUGAGGUGCCAACAAUGAGCGGGUGUUUUCCGGUUGCUGGCCUCCGGUGCCUGUCCAGGGUCUUGGAUGUGCCAGCACCUCUGGCCGAGGCCUGCUAACCAGCCUCUCCCGGGUCGGCGCCCGCCGCGCCCGCUCUCGCUUGCUCCCUCUUCCUCCUCCUCCUGCUCUUCUCCUCCCCGCUCCCAGGACAGCGGGAUGGCUGCGCAGGGCGCGCCGCGCUUCCUCCUGACCUUCGACUUUGACGAGACUAUCGUGGACGAAAACAGCGAUGACUCGAUAGUGCGCGCUGCGCCCGGCCAGCGGCUGCCGGACAGCCUGCGUGCCACCUACCGCGAGGGCUUCUACAACGAGUACAUGCAGCGGGUCUUCAAGUACCUGGGCGAGCAGGGCGUGCGGCCGCGGGACCUGCGCGCUGUCUAUGAGGCCAUCCCCCUGUCGCCGGGUAUGGGCGACCUGUUGCAGUUUGUAGCCAAGCAGGGCACCUGCUUUGAGGUGAUUCUUAUCUCGGAUGCCAACACUUUCGGCGUGGAGAGCUCGCUGCGCGCUGCGGGCCACCUCGGCCUGUUCCGCCGCAUCCUCAGCAACCCGUCGGAGCCCGACGCACGGGGGCUGCUGACGCUGCGGCCCUUCCACACGCACAGCUGCCCUCGUUGCCCCGCCAACAUGUGCAAGCACAAGGUGCUCAGCGACUACCUGCACGAACGGGCCCAAGACGGCGUUCAUUUCGAGCGCCUUUUCUACGUGGGCGACGGCGCCAACGACUUCUGCCCCAUGGGGCUGCUGGCCAGCGGCGACGUGGCCUUCCCGCGCCGCAGCUAUCCCAUGCACCGCCUUAUCCAGGAGGCGCAGAAGGCCGAGCCCAGCUCCUUCCGCGCCACCGUGGUGCCCUGGGAGAGCGCCACUGAAGUACGCCUCCACCUGCAGCAGGUGCUGAAGACGUGCUGAGAUGGCCGCCUGCAGGGGGCGCCCGGACGAGGAGGGAUGGGGGGUAGAGGGGGAUUGGGAAAGACAACCUGGUUUUGUAACUCCCCUUUCCCUUUCGCUUUGGUAUGUCCCUCCGGGAAUUUCUAGAAUUCCAGGCUCGUCCUUUUGGGGGCUGAGGGAGGGAGUUCGGAGCCGUCCUUAUCUAUGCAGUUAAACCAGCUCGGCUGCCUCCCUCAGAUCCACCACAAACAGUUAAAGUCUAGAGUCCGGCGCAACCCGGGUGGUGCGCAUACCUGGGAAUGCAGCAGCGGUUCCAAAGCCUCGUCCUCCGAACUGGGAGGAACGGGUUCCCUUGCAGGGGAGAGAACUUGAACGGCUGCCCCGGCCGCAUAACCUGCCCUCCCUCAGUCUUAGGUCAAGGAGACUCAGGUCCCGAAAUCCUCCCACACCGGACUCCCAGCGAAGAGAUGACGCACUCCCGCUCUCCCGACAGCCCCGGGCCUAGAAGUUGCUUCACCCACCGCGAGCACACGACUACAUCCCUUUUCUCCCUUCCCUUCCCCGCCCACCCUGCCAGCAUCCCCAAAGGAAAAGAAAGCCAGAAGGAACAGUCGCCUCCUGGUGGUGGAACGAGGUAGCACACAGUCCCGCUCGAGUCAGGCCAACGAGGCACCUCGCAGCGCGCCACGGUGUCUCCUCGCACCCCAACCUCGUCUGUGCAGCAAGACCAGGGACUUAACCAAAGUCACCCUCGCGGGCUGGGUCCGCUGCGUCCCCCUCAUCCGGUAUGGAACAGGAAGCCAUGAUGUUUUAAAGCUGAGCCAGCGAAACCCAAGCUCCUCCUAACUCUUUGGUGUUUUAGCGCUAUAAAGCAGAUGAAGGGGGAAGAGAUGACUGAGAUCUCUGGCGCGGCAAUCUGAGGGGUGAGGGUGAGGUGGUCUCUGCUCUCAGGGAGCCCCACUUAAAUAAGGGAGUUGGUCCCCACUGUGGCAGAGUGCCCGGCUUGAAAAAUCAAGACUGAACACAGAUGGUGUUUGGCACAUCAGCCCACGGGCCAUCGGAAGUCCGGCACAGAGAGGGCAGCAAUGAGGAUGGAGGGGGUGGGAAAGAUACUGCUGCCAAGAGCAGG